AAACCAUGGUUGUAAUAUUAAGGUCCGAGCAUUGUAGAGACAAAUGGUGCCUUAUAAAUUCUGAUCCCCAGAUUAGUUCUCUUAACAUACUGCCUGUUUAGCGUUUAUCAUCUCUUACAACAAUUCCCCCCAACAACAUGGUGGCAGCUGCCUCCGAUUCCACAGCAAAUCUCGCCGUCAAUGAUCAUCCCAAGUUAGCCGGGAAAGUAGCCAUCAUCACCGGUGGCGCAAGCGGUAUCGGAGAAGCUACGGCGCGUCUGUUUGCCAACGAGGGUGCACUUAUAAUAGUAAUCGCUGACAUUCAAGACGAGCUGGGCAAGCAGGUGGCGGCGUCCAUCGGAACCGACAAGUGCAGCUACGUCCACUGUGACGUGGCUGACGAGGAUGAAGUCAAACACCUCGUGGAAUCGACUGUCAAUACUUAUGGACGACUAGAUAUCAUGUUCAGCAACGCCGGUGUGGCGAGCGCCUCCGAACAGACCAUCCUUGACCUCAACUUCUCCGAAAUGGACAGGUUAUUUGCGGUCAAUGUCCGCGGGAUGGCGGCGUGUGUGAAGCACGCUGCUCGUGCGAUGGUGGAGAAGCAAGUGAGAGGGAGCAUAGUGUGCACGGCAAGCGUGGCGGGCAGCAACGGGUUCCCGAUAGGGACAGACUACUGCAUGUCGAAGCAUGCAGUGGUUGGGCUGAUACGGUCGGCGAGUGUGCAACUGGCAGCGCGUGGGAUAAGGGUGAACAGCGUGUCACCCACGGCAAUAGCGACGCCAUUGUUGUGUAACGGGAUAGGACUGAGCUCGGAAGAGGCCAGAGAGUUCUGUCGAAAAUGCGCGAGGUUGGAGGGCGUGGAGCUCACACCCGAACUCCUAGCGAAGUCGGUGCUGUUUCUGGCUUCAAACGACUCGGACUUUAUAACCGGUCAUGAUCUGAAGGUGGACGGAAGCCUUGCGAGUUUCUGAAGGCGGACGCGAGCCUCGGGGUUUCUAAAGUAAAAGUUAUGUGAAGUCCCAGAUACUGUGUGUUACUUGCUAAUAGAAUAAGAAAUAUACGUGAUACGGAGAAUGAAUCUACCUUUUUUUUUUUUUUUCACACCAGAAUGAAUCCACUUUAAUUUUACAAAGUUUGCCUUGUUUGGAGGUCAGAAUAUUCUAUAUUUUACAAAAAUUAUAAUAAAAUAAGAAAAAUAGUUUUUCCCUU